AUGAUCGCCGAGAACUUGAAGUCAAAUGGGGAUCUCAAUAGUUUGAUUCAAACCAACACCCACCUUUGCAAAUUGCUUGACCCCCUCCUCUACCUUCGGGAUGCCGCAUCUUAUCAACCACUGGCAAUAUUGCGUGCGGCUGAAAAUGGAAACGAGAAUACAGCUCGAAAAUCACUACAAGCAGGAUUAGAGCUUGACUGCUGCUUUUAUUGGGGUAAAACGCUGUUGUGCUUAGCGGCGGAAAACGGCAACGAUGGGGUCCUCAAGCUGUUUCUCGCUUAUGAUGAGAGUGUUGACCCAGACGAGGAGAACUCAGAAGGAGAAACGCCACUGGUUUGUGCGGCAAAAAUGGGACAUGAAGUAGUGGUCAAGCAUCUACUUUUAACUGGUAGAGUCGACGUCAACUUUAAUUGCCGGGGAUUCACACCGCUUUCCUAUGCGGCAUGGAACGGUCACAAAGCAGUUGUAAAUCUGCUUCUCGAUGCCGAUGGUAUCAAUUUGGACUUCGCUCAUCCCGAUGGGCAAACAGCUAUAUACUUAGCAGCAGAGUCAGGCCAUGUGUCGGUUGUCAAACUUCUGAUCGCAGCAGGUGCCGAUCUAGGCGGUAAAGGGCAUACCAGGCUAUCGCCGCUUUUAGGAGCAGCACGGUGCGGAUAUGAGUCAAUCGUUACGAUACUGCUGGCCACAGGUAGAGUCAACCCAAACACUACGAACAGCGAGGGCGAAACACCACUAUCUUUGGCGAGAGAGCAUCGCCAUGAAGCUAUUAUCAAGGUCCUAGAACUCGAACACCUAUUUGGGAAGCGACAUAAUCUUAGCAGCGACUUCUGCGUUGCAGAGAAGGGGAGCUGA